AUGGCAUCCUGGUUAAAGGCAUCUAAUUGGGAGCUCGAACCUGAUGCAGGCGACCCCGCAGGAAAAGGAUGGAGCAACAAGGAUAUGGAACCUGUCCCUCCGCACCUGAGGACUUGGUCGUCCUUCAAUUAUGUUAUGUAUUGGAUUUCAGAUGCCACCAAUGUAGCGGUUUGGGAGCUCGCUUCCUCCAUGAUUGCUAUUGGUCUCACAUGGCGCCAAGCUCUACCUGCAAUUGCGCUUGGCCACAUCAUCCUCUCGAUCGUUAUGGUUGCCAAUGGCACGAUCGGAGCUCGAUUGCAUGUCCCCUUUCCAGUGAUGAACCGCAGUUCUUUUGGUUUCUACUUCUCCUACUUCUCAGUCAUUAGCCGUGUCGUUCUCAGCAUGUUCUGGUUUGGCAUUCAAACCUUUUCGGGGGGCGAGUGCAUGCUCAAAGCGAUUUGGCCUUCGCUUGCACACCUCCAGAAUGGCCUGCCUUCCGGCAGUAACAUCACAACAUCCGGGAUGAUCUGCUAUUUCAUCUAUUGGCUCGUCCAAUUCCCCCUGAUGUUCGUGUCUCCUCAGAACAUUCGCUGGUUGUUUGUCGUGAAGGGAAUUGUGGUCCCUUGUGCCUGGCUUGCGAUGUUGAUAUGGUCUUUCGUGCCUUCCAAAUCUCCAGGAGGAUUAUUCGUACAGCACAGCAGCAUCAGCGGCUCGGAUCUUUCCUGGGCAUGGCUCGCCGCACUCAACUCUGCCCUCGGGCUUUAUUCAACGCUCACUGUCAACAUUCCUGACUUCACGCGUUACGCCAAGGACGAGCGAGCUCAGUUCAUCCAACUGGGUAUUAUUCCUAUCGCCUUCACGUUCUGCGGCUUCAUCGGUAUGGCUGUCACCAGUGCCGGCAUCCACCUCUACGGUGAGGUCCUCUGGGACCCUCUCCGCCUCAUUGACAAGUGGGACAACCGCGCGGCUGCGUUCUUUGCCUCGUUCGCAUUCGUCCUUACGACACUCGGGACCAACAUUUCCGCAAACUCACUCUCGGCCGGCAACGAUAUGACCGCGCUCCUGCCCAAGUAUAUAAACAUCAGAAGAGGACAGGUCAUUUGUGCGAUCCUGGGUGGUUGGGCCAUGGCUCCGUGGGAGAUUUUGGCCAACGCUACGGGGUUCUUGAACUUCAUGAAUGGAUACACAGUAUUCCUGGGUCCAUUCGCAGGGAUUAUGGUGACCGAUUAUUGGCUUGUACAUCGCUGCAAAGUCGAUGUUCCGGCGAUGUAUCUGCCUCAUGGUCGAUAUCGCUACGUCGGUGGCGUGAAUUGGCGUGCAGCAUUUGCGCUCCUCUGCUCUGUACCCCCGACGGUGCCUGGGCUAAUCAAGUCGAUCAACUCAAACAUCGAGGUUGGGUCCGCAAAACACUUGUUUGACAUCGCGUGGUUAUUUGGGUUUAUCGUGUCGUCCCUGAUUUACUAUGCCAGUUCAACGCUCUUUCCGGCGAAAGAAACAUACCUUGAUGAAGCGAUCCACGUGGUGUACGACGAAGAACCGAGGGCAAGCAUCUCUGUGGAUGUUGGUGACGAGAACACCGAGGAAGAUAACAAGAAAUUUAUGCCACCGCGCGACUUGCACACCGCGAGCGGACGCGUCGACGUCGCCCCUCCUUACCUCCUUCCUCGAUACAACUACGUCCUGCCCCUCCGCUGGUCAUCCUCGGCACCCACACCUUUCCCCGCCCUCAACGCUCCAGGCGGCCUGUCCGCCGCGCCCGCACCUGUGCCACCAACCUCGCGUCCCCAUCCAGCCAACAUGUCCAUUCCCGUCGUGGAGUGUGCUCUAACCCUAAGGACUCCCUCUCGAUGA